AUGAAAGCUACACCAAAGCUCUCUUACCUGUCCGAUAUCAGGCCGUACAAGCCUGAAUGGUGGGUCCAAGUCAAGGUCCUUCAUACCUGGAAACAACACACUGAAUACGGUGAAACCAUGGAAAUCAUUUUUGCUGACAAGAAGGGAAACAAAAUUCAAGCAUCUUGCAAAAAAAACUACUUGCUUAGUUUGGGUGCGGAUUGUCGUGUGGGUGAAUGGAAAAAUCUAGAAAAUUUCGUGAUAACUCCAGCAGGAGGUGGAUACCGACCUACCAAUCAUCCUUAUAAGCUGUCGUUCAUGAAGUUCACCUCAAUUGAACCAUACGAAUACAAUAAUAUCGAUAUGUUUCUGGAUUUAGUUGAGUUUGAAACUAUAUUGAGUGGACAGCUAGACAACAAUCUCUUAAUUGAUGUUGUGGGGCAAGCCAUAGAUAUUGGAGAAAAGUUAACUCUCCAAUGUAGUAAUGGGAAAGAGAAAAAGAAGAUCGAAUUCACUCUCAGAGACAUAAAAUUUAAGGUUCACCUGCUGCUAAAGGACGAUACAGGAACCACCAAAUUCAUGCUUCUUGAUUCCAUUGCAAAUGGAAUUAUAGUAGAAAGUGCUGAAAAAGUCCUUAAAGGAUCAUUGAACGAGAUUGAAGAUCCAGAGAUGUUGCCCCAGUCACUUAGAGAUGUUAUCGGAAAGACAUAUAAGUUUGGUGUUAUCAUUGAAAAGAACAAUGUUGCUUAUGGAUCUAAAAGUUACAAAGUUGCAAAGGUUUGGUCUAUCAGCAAUAUGCUAAUGGUUGCUUCACAUUCAGAGACUAAGUCUGCGCUUGAUACCACCCUCACUGUGGAUGAUCACAUAUCUCUCCUGACUGACGGUGAGGAAAGUUCUGAGACUUUAAAAACACCAACUUCUAAGCGAUCCCAAGCGCUUAAAGAUGAUGUUCCUGAACACACCUCGACAUCGAAAAGGCAACGCGGAAAAAGUAUCAAGAUGGAGAAAUAA